UCCAACCGCACACGCUAGUACCGAUCAUUCGUCUAUUUUUUGUCUACUUAGUUUCCUCAAAUUUAUGCAUGUAUUUUCCUUUUUUCCACAUUUUUGGAAUAUAAAUUGAAAAACAUGGCAAUGAGGGGUAUCGUUCUCCGAGGGAUUUUUCUACUGCCGAUUAUUUUGAGUUUUUUCAAUUUUCGCACCGCGGCCAAACUCCGCGUAAUUCACAAAUGGAAGUACAUCGAUUACCUGUGGGAAAGCGAGGGACAAAAACGAGCCUUUGUCCAGGAAAAAAAGUAUGAUUACAGGAAAAUCAUACCGACCGACAGUCAGGUUCUGCAAGAUGGUCGAACCGUGAUAGCUACCCCGAAAUAUUUCGAUAACCCAGCAAGUUUAUCGACGGUAUCAUCGAAAACCGGAAAUGGUGGUCCGCUUUUAAUGCCCUACCCAAAUUGGAAUUGGCACAACGGAAGUUGCUCGGGUAUAUCGAGCGUUAGUAAAUUAAUGUUGGACAAGUGCAACAGACUCUGGUUCAUCGAUACCGGUAAAAUCGGCGACACCCACGUUUGCCCGCCUAGAAUUCGAGCGUUUUCCUCAAAAAAUGACGAACUCGUCAAGGACGUCCUUAUUCCGUCUAAGUUUUCGAAGCAGAUUGGGAGAACGGGUAAAGGAGGAAACUUCGAAAUACAGGCUGUCGAAACCCACGGAGAUUAUUGCGAUCAAUUAUGGGUGUACUUUUCGGACGUGGAAAGCAACGUUCUGCUUAUAUUCAAUGGGAAAAAAAUCUGGAGGAUCAGAAACUCGGUGUUCGCCGGUAACGACGAAGGAUCGAACUUCGAGGUCGCUGGAGAGAGAUUCUACCUAAAAAGAGGACUGUCAAAAAGUGCGAUAUCGCCGCCCGGAUUUUUGAAAAAUGAUAUUCUCCUGGUAGGCGCUUUUUCGUCUCAAAAUGGAUACGCCAUAGAGCUCAAGGAUCUACACGAUUCCUGUACGGGCUCCGAACCCACUUAUUACAAACUCACCUCUCUGAAAAUGAACAUCAGUCAAGGAAUCGCUAAAUAUUGGUCCGAGAAAACCGGUGUAUUCGUGGAAAGUUAUGCUUCCGAAUCCAUGAUCGCGUGUUGGAAUAUAGAAAAUUAUCUCGAGGCUUCUAAUGUCGGAAUCCUGGCCCAGAAUUCGACGACGCUUCAAUUUGUUACGAGCGUCAAGAUCGUCAAGGAUCCGUACCGUGACACCGAAAGGCUGGUGGUGCUUUCCAACAGGUUUCAAAAGUACAUUCUGGGCACCAUGAACUUCGACGAAAUCAAUUACAGAAUAUUAUCCGGCGAUUUCUCUACGCUGAUCAAGGGAACCGUCUGCGAACCGAAUUUACCGAGUAUCGUAGAAAAAGGAUUCACACCCGACAACUGAAUUUCAAAUUUUCAAAAUAAAUUCCGCGAACUCGGAGUAAAAUUUU